ACAGCAAUGACGCGCCUAGUCACUACGGCUGCGCGUAGAACAGACAGCUGAUAACUCAUCUAUUAUGCUACUUGGCUAAAUCCAAAUCAUCCAGGAAAGUGAGUGGAGGCUGCCGUUGGACACACCGGAGGACCAAGCCCAAAGUUGUACGAUGGGAGUUUGUCUCCUGGAGGGAAACGUCCAGCUGAGGGAGCAACGCAAGUGACACGAAAGCACGCAGGCACCCACGCACGCUCCCGCCCGCGCACCCCCUCCGACCAACAGAGGGCCUUUUCCCAAUUUCCCUCCCGCGGUCAGACGCUGCAUCCCCACGCCGCAUUAGCGCGUCGCCGCCGUCCACCAUGUCGGACGCCCCCGAGGCCGCCCCUCCGAGUCCCCCCGCCCUCACCAACCCGCCUCCGCCGGAGGUCACCAAUCCCACCAAGCCCGGGAGGAAAACCAACCAGCUGCAGUACAUGCAGAACGUGGUGGUGAAGACGUUGUGGAAGCAUCAGUUUGCGUGGCCUUUCUACCAGCCCGUGGACGCCAUCAAGCUGUGCUUGGCGGAUUACCACAAGGUGAUCAAGAACCCGAUGGACAUGGGCACCAUCAAGAAGCGUCUGGAGAACAACUACUACUGGAGCGCCAGUGAGGCCAUGCAGGACUUCAACACCAUGUUCACCAACUGCUACAUCUACAACAAGCCGACAGACGACAUCGUGCUGAUGGCGCAGGCGCUGGAGAAGAUCUUCCUCCAGAAGGUGGCGCAGAUGCCCCAGGAGGAAGUGGCACUGCUGCCGCCCGCCCCCAAAGGCAAGAACAAGAGCAAACAGCUGCCCGCUGCCGCCACCACAGUGAGUCAGCAGGCGGAGUCUUCGGCGUCGCCCCCCGCCUCCUACCCCUCGCCCUCCCAGACGGCCGUCAUUUCGACCACGCCCACAAACGUCCAGGCCACGCCUCCCGCACCCGCGCCAACACAGCCGCCGGCCACCAUGAUGCCGUCUGCGCAGCCCGUCGUCAAGAAGAAGGGCGUGAAGAGGAAAGCCGACACCACCACGCCCACUACGUCGGCCAUCUCGGCGGGCCGCGCCGACUCGCCCACCGCGCAGGACGUCAAACCUGACGUGGGCGGCGGCGGAGGCGGCGUGGCCGUCGGCGGCGGCCGCAAGGGGGGGAAGCUGGGAGAGCAGAUGAAACACUGCGACGCCAUCUUGAAGGAGAUGCUGUCCAAAAAGCACGCCGCCUACGCGUGGCCCUUCUACAAGCCCGUCGACGCAGAGGCACUCGAGCUGCACGACUACCACGACAUCAUCAAGCACCCCAUGGACCUCAGCACCGUCAGGAAAAAGAUGGACAAAGGCGAGUACUGCGACCCACAGAGCUUCGCCACCGACGUCAGGUUAAUGUUCUCCAACUGCUACAAGUACAACCCCCCCGACCACGAGGUGGUGGCCAUGGCACGCAAGCUACAGGAUGUGUUCGAGAUGCGCUUCGCCAAGAUCCCGGACGAAGGCGUGGAGGCGUCGGCACCGUCCACGACGCCAUUGGUUAGUAAAAGCACGGCCUCGUCCGACAGCAGCAACAACUCCUCCUCAGACGAGUCGUCCGACUCAGAGGAGGAGCGCGCCACGCGGUUGGCUGAGCUACAGGAGCAGGUUGGUGCUGCCGGCCAAUCCCAGCUGAAGGCUGUGCACGAGCAGCUGGCCGUCCUGUCGCAGGCGCCCGUCAGCAAGCCCAAGAAGAAGAAGGAGAAGAAGGACAAGGACAAGAAGAAGGACAAGGCCGACAAGGCGGCCGCCAAGGCCAAGCCCGACGACGACAAGAAGCCCAAGGCCGCCGCCCAGCAGCCCAAGGCGGCCAAUCAGAAGAAGGCGCCGGCGCGCAAAGCCAACAGCACCGUCGCCGCUGCCAGACAAGCCAAGAAAGGCACCAAGGCGGCGGGGGGAGGCUCGGCCAACGGCGACGACGGGGGCGGAGGCGGCGAGGAGUCGUCUUCCCUGCCAAUGUCGUACGACGAGAAACGCCAGCUGAGUCUGGAUAUCAACCGCCUGCCCGGAGAGAAGCUGGGCCGCGUGGUGCACAUCAUCCAAUCCAGGGAACCUUCCCUGAGGGACUCCAACCCAGACGAGAUCGAGAUCGACUUUGAGACUCUCAAGCCGUCCACGCUCCGAGAACUCGAGCGCUACGUCAAAUCGUGCCUGCAGAAGAAGCAGAGGAAGCUCUUGCAGAAGCAAGCUGGAGGCGGGGCCUCAGGAGGCGGGGCUAGUCGUUUGAGUGGCAGCUCGUCUUCCUCGUCUGACGACAGCUCCUCGACGGGAACGUCCUCUUCCUCAGACACAGACUGAACACACACCGACAUGCACACACCUUCUGGACUUGUUACACACACACACACACACACACACACACACACACACACGUACGUAUAUAAAUAUAUAAAUAUAUACAUUCAAGUACACAUACACACACACACCCUGAUGUAUGUACAUAAGCUCAGCUGUUUUUUUAGCAUCUAGUCUUCUGUUUUUGUUUUUUGAAUUUUGUUCUUUGUUUGUGGAGGAAAAGAAAAACUCGACACGCUUGCCGUGAAAAGAAUGGGACAAAUGUGUCGGCCUCACGGGGGGGUGUCACUGUUUUUAGGGGCGGCGCAGUGUUUCUUUGACAGACGUUCCUAGCCAACGAAAACAUUUCGUGACAUUGCCGCUUGCCCCACCUUUCCACCAACACUACAUGUCUCACUUCCUGUCGGGAGACCCGCCUCUCGCCGAAUAAUGUUGCGAGGGGGAAACAAGUUUUUAAAAUUUGAAAUUUUACGUUCUUAAUCUGUCUUGUUUGGCCGCCCCCCCGUGAUGACAUCAUCGAUGUCGUCGUCCGGUCGGUCAGGCCCUGCGGCUGGUGUGCGAUGGACGUGCGGGCGAGUUUGUUUUUAGUUGCUCUACUAGUUAAUUUUUUUUUUUUUUUAAUUUUACUAAGAAAAAGGAAAAGAGUGAUUUGAUGUGUUUGCAUGCACUCCGUCGGGCCGUACGUCAGCACUGUAUAGUAGCUUCUCGUCAAGUAGCUUCUUGUGUAGUCGUCGUGCUACACGCGUGUGCUACACGCCAACACACGAGAAGCCAGAAGAAAAAAAAAAAGUCAUUUGGUGUAAUUACUGAUAUGGGAUCCUUAUUUUCUGACUUCCUUUCUUUUCAUAAAUAAACAGAUAAAGUGACCUUG